AUGAGGUUCCACCGUCCUCACCUCCGAGUCGAUCAGUCGCAAUCGGCGUUUGCCGAGGGCAAUGCCCGCUGGACGAAUCUCGAUCUCGACCCUGUUCCUCGUGCAGGGCGACUCUGGGGACCUCUUAGUUUCGUCUCAUACUGGAUCUCCGACGCCUUUAACUCUGCAACAUGGCAAUUCGCGUCCAGCAUUAUCGCCGUCGGCCUCUCAUGGCGCGAGAGCAUCGGAAUUGUCGCCUUAUCCUUCUUCAUUAUCUCCUUCGUCAUCGCCGCCAACGGUGCCGUCGGCGCAAUCUACCAUAUUCCCUUCCCUGUAAUAGCACGCGCAAGCUGGGGGUUCACGGGCUCAUACAUCGCCAUCGUCUCACGCUCCAUCCUUGCUAUCUUCUGGUUCGCCAUUCAAAACGUCAACGGCGCCAAUGCCGUCAAGGCGAUGAUCGGUGCUAUCUGGCCGUCCUUCUUGACCAUGCGGAAUACGAUCCCUGAAGACCAGGGAAUCGAGACGAAUACAAUGAUUGCGUAUUUGAUCUUCUUCAUUGUGCAGUUCCCGUUCUUGUGCAUUCAUCCGAACAAGGCAAGGUGGUUGUUUCUGGCCAAGACGGUCAUCGUCCCGGCUGCUUGGAUUGCAAUCCUCAUUUGGGCGUUUGUGGCCGAGGGCGCUGGGCCGAUCUUUGAGCAGAAGCCUACUGUUUCGGGGUCGCAGUAUAGCUGGGUGUUUCUUGCAAGUAUGACAAGUGUGCUGGGGAACUAUGCGACGUUGAGUGUUAACCAGUCCGACUUCUCACGCUACUCUCGCGUCUCCCCAAAGUGGCAGAUCCUCUACAUCCCCCUCCUCCCCAUAAUCUUCACCUUCAUCUCCUUCAUCGGCAUCGUAGCCUCCUCCGCCGGCUGGUCGCGCUACAACACCGCAACAAUCCCCUGGGACCCCAUCGUGCUGAUAAGUCACUGGUCCAGCCGGGCUUGCCGCUUCUUUGGUGCCUUCUCCUUCGCCCUCGCGUCCCUCGGCGUAAACAUCAGCGCAAACUCCAUAUCCGCCGCAAAUGACCUCAUGGCUCUGUUUCCCGAGUACGUCAACCUGCGCCGCGGGCAGAUUAUCUGUGGGAUACUGUCUUGGGCCCUCGUCCCUUGGAAGAUCCUCGCGUCCGCGGGGAAUUUUUUAAACUUCAUGUCUGCGUACGCGAUCUUCCUCGGGCCUAUUGCGGCAAUCAUGCUCUGGGACUUUUGGGUCAUUAAGGAUCGGAAGUACGAUACGCUUGCGCUGUACCAGCCCUCGAAUAGGACAUACAGAUUCAAUGACUGGCUAUUCAACUGGCGCGCGAUCGUCGCGUUCCUAGUCGGCGUCGUCCCCUCGCUGCCCGGGCUGAUUAACUCCGUGAAUAGCAACAUCGACGUUGGCGUCGGGGUCCACCCGUACCAGUUUGGGUGGAUCUUGGGCUUUGUGGGGACGAGUAUUGUUUAUGUGGCGCUUUCGAUGGUCUUUCCGUGUGAUGAGAGUCUAGUGCAUAGGGCAGUGCUGGCGGAUGAAAUUUAUGACCUCCGCGAGGGGAAUAUGGUUGUGGGGAUUUCAAUGGGGGAAGAGCAGGGCGAAGUUGUUAGGGCUGGGAAGGAGAAGGGGUUUAGUUAUCCCUAG